GUUGAUUCUUAAUUGUUGUUUAUUGGUUUGUUUUUUUAAUUUGAAUAAUGGGUACAAAUAAAGUUGCCACCGUAGUCUUGUUUGAUGUCAGUCGAACGAUGGCAGCAGAGACUGAUAAUGGAGAGACAUUUUUUGUAAGAUCGUUAAAUUGUCUUAAAAGAAUGAUUUUGCGAAAAAUAUUUUCUCAAGACUUUGAUGAUAUGGGAGUUGUUUUGUUUGGUUCUGAUAAUACAAACAACAAUUUAGCUAAUGGUACUAGUUCUUGUUACAGAAACAUCGAAGAGUUCUUUCCCCUUUCACUAGCUGACUGGAAUUUGUAUGAAAGAGUUGAAAAUUUACAAAUGAGUUCAGUUCCUAAAAGUGAUUGGAUCCAAGGAUUAGUGGCUGCUCAGGAUUUCAUGAAGAAUCAGACCCAAGGUCGAAAGUAUAGGACUAAACAGUUAGUUGUAUUUUGUAACUUGAAUACCGAAAUAUCUGUUUAUGUUGAAGCUGUCAAUCCUAUUGUUAAGGCUUUAGAAAGUGAAAAUGUAAACUUCAUUGUAAUUGGUAAUGAUAUAGCUGAUGACUGUGAGGGCAAAGAAUUAGAUUCACAAGUAUCUGGAUCACUCCGACUAAUGUUUCAGUGCAUUACAAAUUUAAAAGAUGCUGUUCAUUUUAGUUUCUCAGAUAUCGAAAAAGAUCUGAAAUAUUAUGAAAAAAAGCGAAAAAUGAUAAGGUUCUAUUCCAUUUCUUUGAAUAUUGGAUCACGUAUUCAACUACCUGUCAGAUGGAUGAAAGUUAAUAAGGAAGCUACUAGGUUCAAAUGGGAAGUACUAAAUGAUAAUGUCAUAUCUGAACCACGGUAUCAGCAGCAACAGAAAAGUGGAUAUCUACCCCAACAGACAAUGGGAUAUCAACAGCAACAGAAAAUGGAUGAAACAAAAAUUGAAUUUGAAACAGAUACCGUUAAACACACAAAUUUCGGAGGUACAAUAAUUGAUCUUAGCUAUGCCGAUUUGGAAGCUUUAAAGAGAAAUACUGGUCCUCCUAGUUUGACUUACUUAGGAAGUGUUAAAAGUGGAAGGAUUUCACGUUCGAUGUUUGUUGGAAAAGAUCAAUAUGUAUUAAUAGCUGAUAAAUCAGCUAGAGCUGUAGCAAUGUUUUCUGCAUUUGUAGAUGCCCUUCUCAAGGCAAAGAAAUAUGGGCUAGCUCGAAGAAUUGCUUCAAAAAAUGGAAAAAUUGUUGUUGGAGCCCUCCUUCCUGUGUCCGAUGACUUUGGAAAAGCUUUGUACUUCUUGAAGCUACCUUACUCUGAAUAUGUUCAGCACAUACCAAUCGUCCAUUUACCUAUUUCAAAUAAUACUGAAGCUAAAAAAGCGAUUAAUGAUUUAAUAGAUAAUACGAUGUUGCCAGAUGAUCUUCUUGAAGAAGAUAAGGGCAUUUUAUUAAGAGAUCCAUCGUUUCAAGCAAGGUGCCAUGCUCUUUACCUAAGAGCGAUGGGAAAACUUCCUCCGAUGUCUUUUAUCCCGCUACCAGAAACUGUACAGCAAAUCAUGAAUCCAUCUCCCCUCAACGAUGAGGCGAAUGAAGCUCUUAAGAAGAUCGCAGAGAUAUUUCCUUACACAGAACCAGAAGAAAAGGCCGAAUCUCCUAAAAGGAAGCCUAAGCCUAAGGAAACCAUAACAGGUUCAUCUCAUAUUGAUUAUAAAUUCCUUGCUAAAGGAAAUCUUGGUCAUCAUCCUGCCUUAGAAUACUCUAAAAUGAUUUCGGUUAAUAAUAAACAGGAAAUCAAGGAGAUUAUAGAAUUUGCUAAUGCUGAAUAUGAUGAUAUAUUUAGUGAGGAGAUGUCAUAAUUUUUAUUUUGUUAUGUAAUAUUUCAAUCUAAAGAUUUAUAUAUUUUACUUAAUAUUUUCUUUCUAAACAUUAUCCAUAUCCGGGAUGAGCAACAUUUUUUUUUUUGUAAUGGGCCAGCUACAAAUUUUUAACUUUUGUGCCGGUCGUUAAUAAAAAGUUUAUUAUAAUAUAAAAACUCAAUGACAAACUUAAAUUAUCGCUGUUUAACAAAAUAACUCAAUACAAUUUUACAGAAAUAAAAAAAAAUCAUUAUUUUAUUUAGUGUAUAAAUGAUUUUUGGCCAGUCAUGGUUAGAAAUAAUAUUAAAAAAUAAUGAAGAUAGAUGUGGCAAAAGAUUAUUUAAUGAGAAAUUUGUCAUUUCUUCUUUGCAAUUAAUUGGUCUAUAUUUGCAGAUAUAGAUGGCUCCCACACCUUUAUAAUUGUAAAAUAAUCAUAUAUAAAUUAUUUAACCACGGUCAGUGAUUACUUUUAAUUAUUUUUAUUUUGGAAAAUAAUUUUCACAAACAUAGGAGCUUCCAAAAAGAUUCACUACCUCAUUUAUGCCUAAUUGUGCAGAUUUUUUUAACUUCAUGAUAUUUUGAUAUAAAUUAUGUAUGUCAAUAUUUUAAAAUAGAUUUCUUAAAACCUUAUCAAAAUGUAUUAAUUUUUAUCUAUUAAUU